AUGAAGUUCCGGUUUUGCUUGGUGAGCAACAAGGAAGAAGGUUCCGCACUUCCACCAGACUUGCUUGAUUUGGAUGAGGAAGUCUUUUACUUGCGUGUUGAAAGAUCCGUUCGGGAGGGUCGCAAGCACGACGGGAAGGUCAUUGCAGAGGUCGAGCAGCAUUUGAAUAAGCACCAGUUUGGACGCCACCUUCCAGCAAAACAGGCGAAGAAGGCUAUGACAGAGCUGGGAAUUCCCGCGGAGCACAUUCCAAGUGAUCGAGCUUUAGAUGGUGUCAGACACCGACAUUUGGAAGAGGCCAAAUCCUAUGACGGCAAGUUUGUUUCCACAUUUCGAGCUUUUUGCCAGAACCCACCCUUUCCAGUCGCUGUGCUUCACACGGAAGAGACACCUCUGGUUUCAGAAGAAACGGUUCGGGUCUUGUUUUACGAGCAAGAGAACUUGGAUGCCGUGAUUGCCUACCUUGGCACACAGGAUCGGUGUGUGCUCGUCAUGGAUGCCACAUUCAAGACCAAUGUGCAGGAUCUUGUGUUAGCUAGCCUCGGACUGGUCGUCUUGCACCAGGUUGGCGGAGUGGUGCGCAAUCGAUUCUGGCCGGUAGUUUGUGCUGUGUGUGACAAGGAAGAUGAACCGUGUUAUGCACUCUUAUGUCGAUCUUUCCAGAAGCUAUUGGAAGCUUCGGGUUUGGAUUGGAAGAAACUGGUGACGAAUGUGGUCAUGGAUGGUGCAGGCGGUGCCAUCAAUGCGACAAGUGCAUGCUUUCCAGACGCUACUUUGCACCGGGACUUAGAACACAUAAAGCUGCGUGACCCCGAAGACUGGAAUCAGGAGAAAUUCGCGGAUUACUUGGAGAAGUGGGUCUUGCAGAAGAAAGGCUUGUGGUGGAGCGCAGAUUGGCAGAGUGGCCCAGUGCAAGUUGCCUGCGUGAAGCAGGCAGCGGAUGGGAGCUCGCCUCCGUGGGCGAGACCACCUGCUGUUGCUUUUGUUCCGGCUUCGGCUUGGGUGUGGCUUGCCUGCUGUUUGUCAUCAGCCUCUGUUAGCCUCCCAUGGGCUCCACCUGCGGUCGUCGUGCUCCGGAACAGCCGCUCGUCGAGCAAGACCCACCCGUACCAGCUUGUCAGCAGGCUGCUAAUGUCCCUGCGGAGUUGGGCACUGCUCUGUCAUCACAGUCUUGUGAUCCGCUACAUGGGAGUGAUCCCGUUGAUUUGGUGCUUGAGAAACCUGAUGGCCAACCCAUGGCCCCAGAACCUGGGCUCUGUGCAUCGGUCGACAGGGCAACCGGAUCCCCUGUCAAAGAAGGCCAGCGUAGGGAUGCUUUACGCGCAACCGGUGCUGUUGAGGCUGUUUCAUCAGAGGAAUCCGGAAUCCUUUGCGAGGCAAAACGUCGUGCGCCUGAGCGAGUCGGGGCCCACCUGGGUGAGGAUGCCCGUAGUGGACCAGUCCGCGACCCUCGCGGCCCUUGCCCCGAUGAGUUUGAGGAAGGUGCCUCCGCCUGAGGAGCAGCGUGUGGUCCCCUUUGAGUUCGCGACCUGUCUUUACUGGCCCUGGCGGGAGCCCGAAGGCGUCAGCCGAUCCAGCGGCACCGCUUCGUCUGACGAAGGCAUCACACAGGAUUGUGCAGAAGCCUUUCUGGCCAGGCUUGACACCCGUCCCACGUGUUCUUCGGGUCAUCCCUUGUUCUCCUUUGGGUCUCCUGAGCCAGGUUGGUGGUGCAGUGCGUGCCAGCGCGUGUUCUCCACGCGACGCUUGCUCUGGGGGUGUAGGGUCUGUGACUUUGACAUUUGCGGAAACUGCUUGGUCGAUAGUCGCAGUGGCUCCUCCAUCGCACCAGCUCCGGUUCAGAGUGCUGUUCCAGAGGCAAUCCCUGCAGCUCAGGUUCAGGAUACCGCUCGAGAGGCAAUGCCCAGCGGUACACCAACAUGGCCCUCGAUAAAGCUUUUGCGUGCUUCAGGGGUUCUAACAGGCAAUGACAUGUUCCCGAAUGACCUUCAUCUGACCCUGGGUGUAAAUGGUGAAAGCCUGUCAGUCUUGGGGUCGAGCAGGGCGCCGGAGCUCAAGGGAGGAUUCCGAAAAGUGUACCACCUUCGGGGUGAAGGGCCGGCCGCAAGCAUGGUUUUAAAGCUCGCUGAAAACGAUGCAGACAAUGUCAACGAGGUUCGGAGUGCUGCUGCGUGUCCAGCAGCCUUUACCCGCAUCUUCGGCAGCGGCUCCAUUUGGGUGUCCCUCGGAGCAGACGGUUUGUGCCAGGCACAUUAUGUCAUCUCGGAACGAGUGGUGCCUUUGACUGCUUUGUUGGAUGGCCCAGCUCUGCCUCCCACGGCAUGCACCGCUUUGGCACUCCAAUGUUGUCGGGUUGUGUUCCGGGCGACUCUCGCUGGUAUCAAGUGUAGGGACCUUGGGCAGAAGCAGUGGGGCCUCAAGGUCCCACCAGGCUUCAAAUUCCAAGAUGAGGUCUCCCUGCAUCAAGUGCGCGAAGGCUUGACGGGUGAAGCGUUGCACCUCGUCAUCCUUCAUGCCAAUUGUUGCCUUCCGGUACCCCAGGUGACAUGCGGCAUCUUGACCGACGCCCUCGACCUCCACAAAAUCGCAUGUGACCAGGCUCUUGCCCGCCAUGAUAUCAUUCAAGUCAUGCACAAGUUGCAGGAGCACCGCCUGCCGCCCCAAGGCCAGGACAAGGUGCAUGCCGCCAAUGAUUGCGGGCCACAGCCACAUGGUGUUCAUGCAUGGCGGCCGCCUUCACGGCCUCUGAGCCACUUUGCCCGGCACCUGUGCUUGAGGCACAUCAUCAUUUGGUCUCCUGGAUGCGUCCCUGGACAGGUGUUCACCUGCAUAUGCCGAGAGGCCAACCUCACCAAUGUAUGUUGGGUCCUCCCUGGUGAUCCAGCCAUGUUGCAACCAGCCCUGCUGUGUUUCCUCUUGGGUGCUGCACCUGGUUGGGCUUCGCGCGGUUGCGCUUUUUCUGCUUGCUGCGUUUUCUGCUACUGGACCGUCGCCCAAGCUGGCAGGCCAUUCACCGGCGUGUUCCGACUGUUCUAUGCCACCGGGUGCCUGAACAAGAAUGCCGUGAUUGUGGACUCGAAUCAACGAAAAGUCUCUGUGCAAGGCCUCCUAGCCGUUCUGGGCGCCCGCACAUCUAAUCCUGCGGCGUGUGAAAUUGUGCUGAAUGGUACAGUUGGCUCGUUCCCCCCCCUUUGCGUCGAGGGCGAGGCUCGGCCCUUGGACCGGCGCAAGGGCCCCCUGGAUCCUGUGGCCCGAGCAUGCUGCCCCUCCAGCCUAGUGCACCCGUUCAAUUUGUGGCAAGUGCUGUUCGGGUGGAACAGUGUGGACUGCCUCAAGGUGCAACUGAUGUCUGCAGCUUGUUGUGUAUUCCUUGACGUGCAGCACGGGCUCCAUCGCGCCGUGCAAAAAUUUGUCCCACCCAGCCCGCCCUGGGCAUGCACCCGCAGGGCCCGCUCCCCGCGGCUGCAACUCCCUGCGUGCACCGGCCAGUUCGCCGUUGCUCAUAAGACGCGCCUCCGUCUCGGUCGGCUUGGCGUUUCGUCACUGGAUCCCACCCGCCCUGCCCAGUUCAGGCUCUUGGCAGAGCCCGUCGCGCAACAGCAGCUCCCUGCUGCCGUUCUGGAGCCUCCUGAGUCACUUGCGUACAGUGCGAAAAGGUUAAAGUCCGAGCAAGAUGAUGAAGGUGACGCAAACACCUUUCUCAAGUACGAGACUGCGGGCCGCAUCAUGGUAGACUGUCGGACGGUGGACAUUACUUCAGUCAUCGUUAUGCCAAAGUACAAAUUGGAGUAUGCCAAGAACAAGAAAAGGGACAUGGUGCAGCGGUUGGACUUGGCACUUUGUUCUUUGUAUGAAGAUGGUGAAGCUGCUUUUCGCACUGCUUUGGGAAACCCAAGGCAGUGGUCCUUUUCCAUGCAUAAAAAAUUGUUCUACAAGUACACUGUGAUGUAUGUGCUUAGCACGGGCCGUGUCGUGGAUGAACAUCCACAUCUUGUGCACAGUAGCUGCAGCGAGCAGGCUUUCUUUUACAAAUCCGUGUUAGGCAGCUUGAAUCUGCACCCCAUUGCAAGGGGCCCCAAGACUCUCAAAGCCAGGCGUCCACGGCGGGACAGGCGAACCGAGGAGUUUCGCAAAAAAAUGCGUACUCCUUCGCCUUGA